ACUAUUCAAUACUUAAAUAAGGUCGUUUGUAAAGAUGGAGAAUAAAGUUAUUGGAGUGAAUGACUUUGAAACUGUUUGUAGAAUUUGUUUGGGCAAAAAAGAAAAAAUGAUUUCAAUGUUUGAGAAUUCAAUACUUCCAAAUUUAAUAAAAACAUACAGAGAAAUGUUAGAAGAAUGUGCUUCAGUACAGAUAAACACUGAUGAUUUAUUACCCAAAAACAUCUGCACAGAAUGUAUAAAUUAUUUGGAACAAUCUUAUAAAUUUAAAAUUCAAUAUUUAUCAACUGAAAUAUUAUUAGAACAAAUUAUCGCAAGCGUACAACCAAAUAUAAAAGUAGAAGUUUCACUUGACGAAGAUGUUGAAUUUAAAAAUGAAGAUAGUUCUUUUAAUUUUUAUAAUUCGGACGAAGCAUCUCUAAAUGAAUCGAUAAAAAAGGAAAUAAUUCCUGUUAAAGAAGAACCAAACACAAAUACGAAUAAGGAAUCAAAUGAUAAUAAUAGCAGUACGGCACAAAAGUAUAAAUGUACAGAAUGUGACAAAGUAUUUAAAUUGAAAUCAGAAUUUUAUAAACAUCAAAAAUUGACUCAUUCAAAAAUAGUGAAAUGUAUGUAUUGUGAUAAAACUUUUGAUAUGAUUAGAGAUGUGAGACGACAUUCACCGGAAAUAAUUCGUUGUAAAAUAUGUAAACAACUUUGUGGAUGUAAAACUACUUUAAAGAAACAUGUACUUGACCAUAACGUGUGUAUGGUUUGUGGCAAAGAAUUUAAAAAUGUGCAAGCGUGUAAUCGUCAUUUAAGUAUCCAUGGAGCUAAACGUUAUUUAUGCACUCUUUGUGGAAAAGCGUUUUCACACAAAACUAAUUAUAUUGUUCAUUUACGAAAACAUACAGGAGAAAAACCACGUAAACAAAGCGAUUCGAAAGCCAGUAGCGGUGCAUCAAAUAAGGUUACAAAGCGUGACAAAGGUUAUUUAUGUACAUUUUGUGGAAAAAAGUUUGUUGGUAGUAAUUAUAGUAAUUACAUUGUUCAUGUACGAACGCAUACAGGAGAAAAACCAUAUCCUUGUACUCAAUGUGAAGCAAGAUUUAAUAGCAGUGCUGGAUUACAAAGACAUGUUACAAGGCAUUCGGAUGAAAGGAAAUUUGAAUGUGAAAUGUGUAAAAGAAAAUUUAAAAAUAAAGCUCAACUGGGAAGUCACAGACGUAUUCAACAUCUAGAUAAUAAAAAAUAUUCUUGUGAUCUUUGUAAUAAAGAGUUUAAAAGAAAAGAUUAUUUACGUGAACAUGAAAAGAUUCACACAGGUGAAAGAAAUUAUGUUUGUACAUACUGUAAUAAAGCAUUCUAUAAAAGUUAUAAACUAAAAAUGCAUCUACGAACUCAUACAGGAGAAAAACCCUUUUCUUGUGGUCGAUGUGGAAAAAUGUUUGAUCAGAAAUUCAUUCUUAACAAUCAUAUGAAAACCCAUUUAGAUGUGCCACAAUUCCCGACACCAAAAUACUGAUCUGACUGGUCGUUGCUUUUUUAAUAAUGAACUUGUUAAAAGGUAAGAUGUGUUACAAUCGAGUCCCUUGUAUAAAUUUUGAUCCAAAGCACAGUUUUUUAAUGUAAAGAGUUUUAUUGAAGAAAAAGAAAGAAUACAAUAAUUGAAAUUGAUCGGAAACUUGCACUUUUCAUGAAUACAAUUCAAAGCGAUAGUCGUAAAAAAAAUUUCAAGGAGUUAAAUAUUU